GGCACGGCCAUCCCCUGCCAUCGAAGGUUGAGCAUUGCCUGUGCGUCUGUCAUGGUGCUACACAAACCCCUCCUCGGCUCUGCUGCGGUGGAGGCGCCAACAACCCGGACUGUUCGGGUCACUGAAUCAACAUGCCUGCAGCUCUCCUUGUUCAAGGAUAUAAUAAAGGAGUAUCGGUCCCUAGAUGAUGGCAUUACAAUGCGAUUGAAUCGUAACAGCGCACAGUGGCGAGAUAGGGACCGGAGCAGUGGACAUUCCUCGAAACCGGACGAGCCAUGUGAAUUCUUUUGGAAACAGUUAGUGGCGAACUGGAAAGGCAGAAAAGAAGUGAUAGAUUAUUGCGUCGACGUGGUUGACAAAAAUGUCACUGAGAAGAAAAAAUCAAUAUCGGGGCAGGAAGAAGGGCUUGAUGGCGACCAGAAAUCACGGUCAAUUCGAUUCAGUCUUUUUAGUGAUGAAAUCCUUCGAAACCAAAUACGACAAGAGCUGGCUGUAGAAGCGAUCGUUCGACGAAGGUCUUGGGAAGCGUUCUCGUCGCGUUGCAAAUACUUUGAACCCCCGAAAACGGAUGCUGAGGCGCGGAAAUGGUGGGGUGCCGCCAUCUCUGGGAGACAUGCCACAUGAGGGCUCUUCGUAGCCGUUUACUAGUCCCUAACUCCUAUCCCCGUUGCUUGGCUUUCCCCAUGUGCAAACAUUUCCUGUCGCCGGCAUCCUCAGCAAACCUUCAUCUGCUGCAGCUUAUUCUCCAUCAGUCGCUAAACCUGGGUCAUCGCACAAAUUGGACGAGUAAACAGCCACGUCCCAACG